AUGUCAGACCCCUUAAGAGCGUUUGCAGGUAAAGUAUCCCCGACUAGCUCAGAUGCUCUCUUGAGAUCUUCGGCAGUCACCCCCACUCCCACCCCUCCGGACAUCUACCUUCCCGCCAACUUCAAGCUUUCCAACGCCCAGCUGGCCUUCUUCCUGCGAGAGACCAGGUCCUCGGGCCAAAGCAACGGUAGCCCCGCCAACAAACACCCUCUCCAGCGUUCCGAGAGCUUUGUGGUCUUCCAGACCAAGGACUUUCCCGCCGUUAACAUAACCUUCGGCCCGUUCACCCAGGACCAGAGCCUAUCCAAGGACCUCCUCCAGCCCUCCAGCCCUCUGGACAUCCUCGGGCGGCUAACGGUCAACUGGAAGGUCCGGGCCUUCAUCGUCCAGUCGAGGGUGUUAUCUAGCAACCCCGUGGUCCAGGUGCUCUUCUACAUCGCCGGUCGCGACUGGGAUGACUUCAAGGUCCAGGACAAGCUGCCCUGCGUCAGGCUCCACGGCUUCCGGGAUGUGCGCGAGAUCAAGACGUCAUGCCGCCUCCGGGGGAACCUUGCCCAGUGCUUGGCCCAGCUGGAGUUGCCCCCCACCUGGUUCAACACCAAUGUGGCCCCUCUGGGACGCAGGAAAAGCUCCAGCGACAGCCUGGUCCUGGAGCUGAGCGGGGAGUCCCUCCAGGCCGAGCUGUACUACACACUCCAUGACCCGGACAGCGGAGGGGAGUGCGGCGAGAGCUCGGGCCGCAGAGGAGGAUCACGGGGCGAGCCUCCCUCUCAACAUCCCCUCCUCCGCAUUGGUAGCAUCAGCCUGUACCAUUCCAGCCAGAAGCAGCUGGUGGUGGACAAGCAGCUGGAUAAGAACAUGUUCCUGAGGUUGCCUGAGAAGUCGCUGAAGCCAGGAGAGACCCUCAACAUCUUCCUCUACCUGGUGCCCAAUUCCACAGUGGAGCAGUUCACCCUCAAGGUCAAGGCAAAGAAAGGGGUGAAUCUUCUACAAACCAAGUCAAAGAAUGCCCAGUGGACUGUGGACUGGGAGGUGCAGUCCGGGGCAAAGCAUUCCAUCACCACCAUCAACGUGAACAAGAACAAAGGAGUACAAGCCGGGGAUGCGCUGGCCAAUAUCGAGGUGAUGCAACUGGACUUUGAGAUGGAGAACUUCACCAGCCAAUCGGUCACCAGGAGGAUCAACUGGAACAUCGACUACCGGGGCCAGAACCCGCCUCCGGACUCAGAGAAGGUGGUGACUGAGUUGACCGUGGUGCAGAAGGACAUUCAGGCUAUCAUCCCACUCUCCAUGGACACCGAAAUCAUUAACACUGCGAUACUGACUGGCCGAACCGUGGCCAUUCCCGUGAAAGUGGUCUCCAUUGAAAUGAGUGGAGUCGUGACUGAUGUAUCAUCCUUCGUAGAAUGCAAGUCCUCUAACGAAGACAUUGUGAAGGUGUCCAUGAAUUGUGACUAUGUGUUUGUGAACGGGAAGGAGACACGGGGCUCCAUGAACGCCCGGGUCAUCUUCAGCUAUGAGCACCUCAGUGCCCCCCUGGAGCUGACCGUGUGGGUGCCCAAACUCCCCCUCCAAGUGGAACUGUCCGACAGCAACCUGAGCUUCAUCAAGGGCUGGAGGGUACCCAUUCUUCCUGACCGCAGGAGCGCCAGAGACAGUGACGUGGAUGACGACGAGGACGACCGGCGGGUGAGUCGGGGCUGCACCCUGCAGUACCAGCGCACCCUGGUCAAGGUGCUGACCCAGUUCCACACCACCUCCACCGAGGGCACCGACCAGGUCAUCACCAUGCUGGGGCCCGACUGGCAGGUGGAUGUGACCGACCUGGUGCAGGACUCGCUGAAAGUGGUCGACCCCAGGAUAGCUGAGCUGGUGGACCGCACUGUGCUGGUGGGCCUGGAGCUGGGGUCCACUGUACUGAAGGUGGAGUCUCCACUCGCCGUGGAGGCCAUGUUGGGAGAGACGCUGUUUUCCGUCACCGACGAGAAAGUCUCCAUCUUGGAACUUCGCGUCCAUGCUAUCUCUGGACUUGCUCUGUCAAUACAGCCCAGCCCUGGCAACAGUCACACUAUGGUUGCCAAGGCAACUGGCCUGCAGACACUUACUGCACCAAAGCAGGAGGCCAGCUUGUCCAUCUGGCUUUACUACAGCGACAGCACCGCAUCGCCUCUGACCUUCUUCGACCCCAAGGACUACAAUCUCAAUGCUUCCACGCUGAACGACAAGGUGGUGUAUGUAUCCCAGGAGCCUCAGCAGCGCUGGCCAGUGGUGGUGGCAGAGGGCGAGGGCUCCGGGGAGAUUGUGCGCAUGGAGAUGACCAUCUGUGAGGCCUGUCAGAAGACCAAGCGCAAAAGCAUCAUCGCUUCGGCCCCUGUGUACGUGAAAGUCCGCUUCGGACCGGAGGAAGACUCAGAGGAGGAAAUGGAGAUUGAAAUCGAGCCAGCCCAUGUCACCAGGCAGCCAGUGGUGGACUCCAACAUCGGUGGUGGAGGCUUCGAGCCGUCCAACGAGCAGCCGGCGAGCGUUCCCAUCGACUACACCAACUUCCCGACCAUCAGCAACCAAGAGAGGCCCACCGAGGGAGAGGAAGAGGAGGAAGACGAUGACUUCAUCCACGCACCCCGCAGUAUGACCGACCUGGAGAUCGGCAUGUAUGCCCUACUGGGCGUCUUCUGCCUUGCCAUCCUGGUCUUCCUCAUCAACUGCAUCGUGUUCGUUCUCAAGUACCGCCACAAGAGAAUCCCCCCCGAGGGCCAAGCCAACAUGGACCAUUCCCACCACUGGGUUUUUUUAGGGAACGGACAGCCCUUGAGGGCCCAGAGUGACCUUUCACCCCAGACAGUGGAGAACCCCAUCAACCCCAUGGAGGGGUUACAGACUUGUUGCCACGGGGACCACCACAGCAGCGGCAGCUCCCAGACCAGCGUUCAAAGCCAGGUCCAUGGGAGGGGUGACGGCAGCUCCGGGGGCUCCACCAAGGAACACGGCGAGGAGGCCAGCUCGCCCACAUCCAAGCGCAAGCGCGUCAAGUUCACCACCUUCACCACGCUCCCCACAGAAGACAUGCCCUACAACUCUAUCCCCAUCGCAGAUGAAGAGGACAUUCAGUGGGUCUGCCAGGACAUGGGCUUUCAGGACCCAGAGGAAUUGCAUGACUACAUGCGCAGGAUAAAGGAAAUAGCCUGAAGGGGCGGCUGUUAAGAAGCCUUGGAGCUUUCUAAAAAUACUUUCCUUUCUAUUUUUCUCUUUUUCACUUUAUUGACAACUUUUCACAAACAAAAACCAUGGCCAACUACUCUUCUGUUUUUGUUUGGGUUCUUUUUUUUUCUUUGCACAGUGCUGUUUCCCGUACACACUCACUUUUUUUGGAAGUCGCAAAAACAAUUGGAAAGUCAAAGACUGGACUAAAGGAUUUUAAACGCUAGUGAAAUGGCUUUGUGUGGAUGUCCUUUCUACAGAGGUAGGGGAGUACACUCUCAAAUGGAAUUAGAAGCUUCAGUCAUGAGCACUGUUUUGGAGGAUGGAUUUGAAGUUCUCUGUCACUGUUGCUGAGGGUUAGUUAGCAGACAGGAGUGUUUUUAGCGGGACGGGUUGGGUCUUGGCUCUGUGUUUGUCGGUUUAUCCAAACUCCAAGUACCUUUUCCAACAAGGAGGCCUUUGAUGUGCAGAUUACAUUUCAAAGAAACCGUUUUUGGGACGCAUGGUUUUAGGCCAACAUGGGACAACAUGAUGGACAACCAAUUGUCAAAGACGCUCAUUAAAAACCAUAUUACGGAUUUCUUUUUAUCUUACCAAAGUAGGGAAGCAUUCGUCAAUGGCAAAACCUCCUUCUUUGUUCUUGGUACAGCACAUACUAUGGUUUCAUUCAAUGUCAUUACCGUACAUUUUGCUACAUUUCAUACAUAGUCCAAGUCAGUGCCCUACUACUGGUUUCAUACACUAUCCUGAUUAAGUCUAAUGCCUUAGAAUGGGUUAUAGAAUGGGUUUCACUGAUCACAACUGAUUUCAAUGCUGACAUCCUGUUUGCACACUUUGGGUUAAGGGGCAGUGCAGGGGGCAAUUAUCCAAAAUGCUACAACUGGUCAAAGGUUUAGUUAUAUUGGAAAAGACAAGAGCUUGUACGUAUAUCAUGAAGUAAACAAUCUCCAAAAUUCUUUGCAUGAAAGGAGAUACUGAGGCACAAUCAGCAAUUUUCCAAAUUUAUAGAUGUUUAAAUUUGUAAAUUAUUAUCUAAUCAUACCUAGACAAUACUAAAGGACAUAUGUUAUCAUGCAUUACAUGCAUGCCGUGCCAGACCUGCCUACUACAGCCCUUCCUCAUAUGUACAUACCAUGGCCAGCUGAGGUCCUCUUCAGCAACAACAUUACACUGAACUAGUUAUCAGGCAGAAAAGGGGGGAAGUGUUGUGUGCUGGGAACAUGUUGGCCCAUCACUGUAACCAUAGUGUUUCCUCUGCAGUUUUUACUAUGAUUUCCCACUGUACACCGAGGCCCUAAGAAUUACAAUGAAAGAACUCUCAUCCCGACAAAAGAUUUUGCAGCAGAAAUCAUUCCAUUUCCUUUUUUUCUUCUUUUUAAAUUAUCGUCAACUCGUGUAAUCAUGACCCAAUUGAACUUAAUUUCUUUCUUUAAAUGUUUUGGAUUUGUGUGUAUUGUUUUGUAUUGUUCGGUAUUACUGCACUGUUGGAGCUAGAAACAUAAGCAUUUCGCUGCACCUGCGAUAAC